UUUCCUUCUCUCUCCUCGUCAUCAACAACAAUCACCAUUCCCCCACGCGCCCCGCGUCGGGUCAUACAGCAUGGAUCCCGACUACUCUUAUUCCUACGAUGUGUCCACCGGCUCGCCCUCCUUGGCCGGUCCAUCGAGAUCGCGGACGCGACCAUCAUCAGCACGCAAGCCAUACGCACGGCCCAAGGUGGACGAUGGGCUUGCAACAACGCCUACCCCAUCCCAAUCACGCAAGACGCUCGUAAUUGACCACGCAUCCCCCUCAUCAGCGAGAGGGACAGCCACAGCCACAGCGACUACCACACCCACUACGCCGCUGCCAGGCCUGUCGCGCAGCAAAUCUACCUCCCUCUUCUCCUCUCUCACACGCGCCAUUGCUCGUCCACUCACCUGGCUAGCCAACACGCCCGCAAAGUCCGAUUUGGACGAUGCGCCGUUGCCAUCGAGCACUUCAUCGACUUCCCUCGCCGAGCUGGCAAAGAAGAGGCGCACCGAUUCCGUCACACGGGGUGGUGAGGCCAGUGGCGCAUUGGCAUUGGCACCACCGACGUCAAUCUCACGAUCGAGGCUUCGUCAUGUCACCAGACCGGAUACGGACCUCGAUAUAGAGAGUCAGGAUUCAUCCACGUCGAUGCCCAUGUCCAAGAGCCCCUUUGCUGCUGCGGGAGCAACGGCCUCUACUCUACCACGGAGCGCCUCAGUCCUUCCCUCCUCCUCACGACGGGCGCUACACAUCUCCCCUCCCCGCGCUGGGCACGUCAACGAUGCGAGCACGAGCUUGGCGGAUACCUCUCUGCCCUUCCUGCGCUCCCCUUCACCAUCCGCUCGCUCGUCGGCAAGCGCAGCAAUUCGCUCUUACGGCGGCGGCGGCGGCGGCUACGGCGGCUCGACACGCGCUCGGUCGCGCGCCUCUGUCGGCCCAGGAUCAGUCCUCAGCAAUCGUGCGGGCUCCAUCGCGCCGAGCGAGAGUGCGAGCGUUGUAGCCUCACGCCCACCCGCGUCUGGCUUCACCUACGGGUUCGGCACAGAACGACGAUUGGGAGGACUGGCGCGCUCGGGCGAUGCGCUUCUCUCGCACUCGCCGCUCCGUACGAAUGCCAACCGGAACGCAGCCAGUCAAUUGGCAUCACGCAGUCCCUUUGCGAGCGCGGGGGCGGGGGUGGGGGUAGGGGCAGGGGCGGGGACUACCUUGCCUCGCUCAGGGUCCAUGAGGGGUACACCAGUGCGCUCCGUUCUCGCAGGGGGAGGAGGAGCAGGCGGGUCUGUCCUUGGCGGAACGCCCUCCUCAUUAGGGGGCAGUCUAUCUCGUGCGCGCACGUACGGUGCACUCAACCUCAACCUGUCCUCUCCUAGGGCGCACCAGUCAGAGGGGGAAAGGAUGGCAAGGGAUUACACGGCGGCUCAGGCUCGCCACAAUGCAGUCGCUGGCAUGGGAAUGGGCACGCCGAGUCGCAGUCGACUUACCACGCCCAUCGUCAACGCAGGCACGAAGAGAGACGCUACCGAGGCCCUCGGUCUUGCCUCCCUCCACCUUGACGCUAGCUCUGCAGUGGGACCCGCCACCAGCAUCCCAACGGGCUCCGCACGGAAGCGUCAAAUGAUCUGGGACCCCUCGCUGGGGUUCAUCUCUGCCGAGGAGCUCGAGGCUCGCCUGCCGCAGAAGGUCAAGCCGAGAAAUGAGGCGGAGAGGAUCUUGGCUGUGCUGGAAGGUAUGCGCACCCCGCUAGGGGAUGCGAGGAGGGGGGCGAUGAAGAGCGCGAGUGCCGGUGUAGGUGCGACACAGACGCAGGCGUUGGGGAGGGGCACGAAGAGUAUCAAUGUCCCGCUGCCCGUCCCGGCACCCAAGGGAGAUCGAGAGCGAGAGAGGACUGUCGUUGGGCCUUACUCGAAGCGCAACUCCCACAUCAACGCCAGCGCCCGAGGAGACGAGGGAAUGAGAGCCAAGCUGAAGCGCACACAGCAGCAGCAGCAGCACCCGCGACCGGCUCCCUCCCCGCCGCGAGAGGAAGAAGCGAUGGAGGAGAUCGAGUCCGAAGAGGAGGAGGAAGAGCGCGACCCGACACCACCACCGGCCCGCAGAGUGACCCGACGGAUGGCUGCCAGGGCGAAGGAAGAGGCGAUGAGCCCUCCCACUGCCGCUCCUGCUCAAACGCAGAGCACAGGGAGGAGAGGAAGUCGUACGGCGGCCUUCUCGCCCCCACCGGCCACUAGGAGCAGGAGCGCCCUCUCUCCGCCUCCGGUGACGCGAAGUCGCAACCCUCUCUCUCCACCACCGACGACAAGGAGUCGCGCUGCUGCUGCUGGCACGCCCAACAAGAGAGCGGAAGCCCCCACCACGAUCCGUUCGACGAAGAAGCGCGGCCCUUCUGCAAUUAGAGGACAGCGCGAUGACGAGGAUGAGGACGAUGAGAUGCACAACCAGCCUACCAUCGCCAGUCGCUCAGCGAAGAAGAGCGUACAAGUCAAAAGUCCAAAGAAGACGGCUCGCUCCCCUUCUCCUCCUCCACCUCCAGCUUCGGCCCCAGCUGCCACCCAAGCGGACCCGCCUCGAGCGUCCCAAUCCCGCUUCCAGGUCCUCUCCCCCGAGUCUCAGGCCAAACGCGCGUCCCAAUCCAAGAACUCCUCGCUCCGCAUAGGUGCAGAGAAAUCGUCGCGCACGCACGGCAAGUCGGGCAAGAUCUCGGCAUGGGACUCUGAUGAGGGAGAGGAAGAGGAGGGAGACGAGGAGCUGGCCGCUCUUGAUGUUGAGGCGUUGCAGAAGAUCAAGUUGCCAGAGACCAUGUUCCCCGCUGGGUUUUCGUUUGGUGGUGCGGGGAGCAAGGCCGAGAACGGGGAGACCUCUGACAAAAGCACGAAGCCGAAGCAGGCGAACAUAUCUCUUCCAGCAGCCUCAUCAUCAUCGUCAUCAUCAUCAUCAACCGCCCUUCCAGCGGGCGAGGCCUCCAGCUCGAGCUCGAGCUCCAACCCUCUGCUCGGUCGUCUAGGCGGUUUUGCCCCUCCCGCCCCGGCCACCGCCCCGGCCAUCGCCUCCUCCAGCUCCUCGACAGCACCCUCCGCACCCGCGUCCACAUCCAAACCAGCAUCAACCCUUCCCGCCCCGUCCAACUUCUUUGCUCAACCCUCUGCCCCAAGCUCAGCCAGCACUACGACCCCGGCGGGCAGUGGCGCAAAGGCAGAGGAUGAAAAGAAGAGCGGGCCCGUCCCCAACUUCUUUGGAGCUAAGGCUGCGGGAGGACAGAGUACGAGCACAAGCUCGACCGCGGGUAGCACAGCCAAGCCGUUCAGCUUUGGACCGCCUGCUACCGGCGCGGGGUCGAAUGAGACGAGCAAGGAGACAUCGAGUGGCAGCGCUGGUGGGUUCUCCUUUGGCAAGCCUGCGGAUACGACGACGACGGCGAGCAAGCCAGCGGAUGAGGCCGGUAGCGCGAGCAAGCCUUUCUCCUUUGGCAAGCCUGCGGAAACGACUGCGACUGCUAGCAAGCCCUUCUCCUUCGGCAAGCCAGCCAACACCUCCGCCUCUGGCGACAAUGCCUCGUCGAGCCCUUCCUCGAGUACAGGCACAUCGGGCUUCUCAUUCGGCAAGCCUGCGGCUGCACCUACUUCUGGAGAGGAGAAGACUGACGCCUCUGCCAACAAGCCGGAAAAGGAUACCGCAAGCGGAGCGACGCCCGCUUUCACUGGAUUUGGGGCGCCAGCAUCAUCAACAACAACAACAGCAGCAAAGCCUGCGACUUCUGCGCCUGCCCCCGCAUCGACUGGCUUCUCGUUUGGUAAUGCCUCGUCUGCGUCAGCUCAGCCUCAGUCCGCGGCUGGCAGUGCAAGUCCUGCUCCCUUCGGCGGCUUCGAGGGCUUUGGCCAAUCAUCAGCAUCGCAAGAUGAAGGCGCCAAGAAGAAGAGGGGAGCCGAUGGUGCGGAGGAGGAGGGAGACAAGGAGCCAGCGGCCAAGAAGCCCGCUUCGACUCCCGCGUUCAGCUUUGGCCUACCCGCCGCCUCUUAUUCGUCGUCGUCAUCAGCAUCAUCCUCCCCCGCGCCCGCAGCCGCGUCCUUCUCCUUCGGCAAGCCCGCAGCCGCGAGUACGAGCGCCACCUCAGGCACGCCGCCGCCGUCGACGACGGGAGGAUUCUCCUUUGGCGCCCCCUCUUCGCAGCCUGCUCAAGCCUCAAUGGGCGGCGGUGGGUUCACAUUUGGAGCCCCGAAGACGGACACGGCCACGAGCUCGAAAUCAGCAAGUAGCGGCUUCACCUUUGGCGCUGCGCCCAACACUCCUGCUCAACCCCCCGCAGGAUCCGGGAUGAACGCGGAUGGCAUGAUGGACGAGAGCCCUGUGCAGGGCAUGAAUGGCACGGGCAUAGCGUUCGGAGCCAAACCUCCUGCGACGAGUGGCGGGGGAUUCUCCUUUGGCGCCCCAGCGACAGCGAGUGGCACGAAUGGCAACGGUGCGAAUGGCCCAACGGGAGGGUUCAGCUUCGGAGCCCCCGCAGCGAAGUCGGCAUCGGGCGCGAGCUCGAGCACGCCCGCCUUCUCCUUCGGCAACACCAACGGGGGCGGCGGCGGUGGGUUUGGAGCCAACACGGGUACUCAGCCCUCUACGCCUUCCACCGCCCCGACGACGGGGUUCAGCUUUGGCUCCCCCGCCCCCGCUCAGCAGCAGCAGCAGCCGGCAAGUGGAGGGAUCAACUUCAACUUCUCCUCCCCCGCCUCGCAAGCACCCUCGCCCGCUCCAAGUGGUGGUGCGCCCUUCCAGUUCGGCAACCCUAACCCCGCGACAACCGGCCCUGCUCCGCCCUCCACGAGCGGCGGGUUCAGCUUCGGCGCACAGACACAGGCACAACCGCAGGGGGGCAAUCCGUUCCAGUUUGGCGCUCCGUCUCAACCGCAACAGUCCACCUCGACGUCGACACCCGCUGGCUCACCGGCUCCCUUCACCUUUGGCUCGCCCGCGCCUGGAGGGCCGGUGUUGUUCAACAUCGGGAGCGGGGGCAACGAGGGGGGAGCGGGAGCGGGAGGGGGAGGAGGUGGUGGGGGUACGCCGGGGAGGCAGGUGAGGAGGUUGCCGAACAGAAAGAGGGCGUAG